AUGGCUAUCAACGUCAAUCGAGAGGUUGAAGAUACCUUUUACAGGUACAAGAUGCCCAAGCUCGCCGCCAAGGUAGAGGGAAGGGGAAAUGGCAUCAAAACCGUCAUCGUCAAUGUGUCAGACAUCGCAAAGGCUUUAAAUCGCAAGCCCAUCUAUUUGACGAAGUUUUUUGGUUGUGAGUUGGGGGCCCAUAUUCACGUGGACGACAAAAAUGAACGGUAUAUUGUCAACGGUGCACAUGAAGCAGCUAAGCUCCAAGAACUGCUUGACGGCUUCAUUAAAAAGUUUGUUUUAUGUCAGUCCUGUGGAAAUCCAGAAACAACAAUGCACGUGAGCAGGAAAUUGGGUACCGUCGGCACAACGUGUAAAGCCUGUGGUAGUCAAGGUCAACUCGAUGCAACACAUCGGCUGACACAAUACAUCGUCAAGAAUCCACCCGAGCCUGAUGUCACCGCGACCAAAGCCAAAGUCAAGAAGGGUAAGAAGAGCAAGAAUGGCACAGACCGAAAUUCGGGUAAGUUUCCGGUGAACAACGUGGAUGGGGAUGAUGACGAUUGGGUCGAGGAUACCACAGAGGAGCUCUCUGCUAUGGCGAAGUCCCUUGCCCUCAGUGUCGACGUAGACAAGUCUGAGACCGAAAGAGCGGAUGUGUUCUUUAAGCACUUACUGCAAUUGAAACAAAAAGACUUGGUCGUUCAGCAGCGUCGUGAGGUGAAACAAGAAGCAGAGAGACUCAACCUGGGACCGCGUGCAGUCUUAGUUCUGGCGGAAGCUUUGCUUUCGUCACCUUCAACAAUUGUGACUGACAUUAAGUCAUACGCAUCCGUGUUUCUGCUUUUCACACGCUUGGGAGAGCAUGCAAAGCGUGCUCAACAUUAUCUGUUGGGAGCAAUGGCAAAGCUGAUUGAACGUUAUAGAGAGCAAGAUCUCUUGUCAAAAGCCUGUCAUAUUUUGAAGUGCUUCUAUGACUGCGACGUUGUGGAGGAGGACGUCAUACUUUCCUGGUACGACAAAGGGCCUUCAAAAAAAUUUGUUUCUAGAGAUCUGAGCGCAAAAAUCCUCAACAUCUGCGCACCCAUGGUCAAAUGGUUGAAGGAAGCUGAAGAGGAAGAUUCUGACGAAUCCGAGGAUGAGGAAUCGCAUACCGUUGACACUUCACAGGUGAGGAUUUUUUCUGUUAUUACUAUUCGCUGUGUAGGCUGA